AUGGACAAUAAGAGGCAAAUUUCGUAUGAAAAAAUACUGGAAGCAGUGCGCGAUGACAUCGCACCGGGGUGGAAGCCACGUUAUGUUAUUUCAGACUUUGAAACUGCAAUCAGGAAUGCAGCAGAUGCCGUCUAUUCUGGGAUCGAAAAAGUUGGCUGUUUUUUCCAUUUCACCCAGGCUAUUCAAAGACAUUGGCGGAGCUGUGGGCUUAUAAAAGAGUUCCGGAAGGAUCCAGUGGGGAUAAAACUAAAAAGAAUGGUUAUGGCACUACCUCUGGCUCCACCGGAAAUGAUUGCGCGGCUCUUCACCAAAAUUGUGAAUAGCGUGCCCGACAACAUGGCAUCGAAAAUGAAUCACUUCUUAAAAUAUGUUUUCGAACAAUGGAUUCAUGGUUUUGGAGCAAAUAACUUAUCAGUAUAUAAUAAAAAGAGUUUUCGAACCAAUAAUGCUUCCGAGGCAAUAAAUAAGAGUCUAAAUGCCCUACUGGGCUCUAUCAAAAAGCCAUCGGCUAUGAUUUUUACUCGGUUGUUGUUGCAACAUCAGACAUGUACACAUACUAAAGUCAUCUCCAUGGUAGAGCGGGGACUGAGAGUCCAUUUCCAUAAAAAAAAAACUUCUAGCGAAUCCGUCGAUACUAAUGCGUUGAAACUAUACUGGAGCCAGCUUAAAAAUGGAGUUAUUUCUCCGGAGCGGUUUUAUGAAAAAAUCAUUCGUUUAAUAGCUUCAGCGGCCAGAGAAGCGCUCCAAAUGAUCCAAGGAGAUCCUGAUAAAAUUCGGAGAAUACCGAGGAGCAAAAAUUUUGUUUUCUGGGCGCGUAUCAGCGUAAAUAACGCCGGAAGUCAUCAAAUUUUCGUUGACGGAAUAAAUCAUUUUGAUCCGGAUAUGAGGAGACGUCUUAUACAAAUUGGCGAGACGAAAAUUACCGAAGCUUCAACAACGAUGGGAGGAAUCCCGGUCGACUAA